UCUUCUGCCACCAUGGCUGACAAGAAAGCUGCCUUUGGCGAUGCGGUGGAAGAACGUGUGAUCAAUGAGGAGUACAAAAUAUGGAAGAAGAACACCCCUUUUCUUUAUGAUUUGGUGAUGACCCAUGCCCUGGAGUGGCCCAGUUUAACUGCCCAGUGGUUUCCAGAUGUAAUCAGGUCUGAAGGGAAAGAUUUCAGCACUCAUCGCCUUUUCCUGGGAACACACACACGUGAUGAACAAAACCACCCGGCGAUAGCCAGUGUCCAGCUCCCUAAUGAUGAUGCUCAGUUUGAUACAUCCCACUAUGACAGUGAAAGAGGAGAAUUUGGAGGUUUUGGCUCUGUCCGUGGGAAAAUUGAAAUAGAAAUCAAGGUCAACCAUGAAGGAGAAGUAAACAGGGCUCAGUACAUGCCCCAGAACCCUUGCAUCACUGCAACAAAGACUCCAUCCAGUGAUGUGCUUGUUCUCGACUACACAAAGCAUCCUUCUAAACCAGACCCUUCUGGAGAGUGCAGCCCAGAUUUAUGUCUCCAUGGACAUCAGAAGGAAGGUAAUGGUCUUUCUUGGAAUCCAAAUCUCAGCGGGCACUUACUUAGUGCUUCGGAUGACCAUACCAUCUGCUUAUGGGACAUCAGUGCAGUUCCAAAAGAAGGAAAAGUGGUGGAUGCAAAGACCGUCUUUACAGGGCACACAGCAGUAGUAGAGGACGUUUCCUGGCAUCUGCUCCACAAGUCUCUGUUUGGGUCAGUUGCUGAUGAUCAUAAACUUAUGAUUUGGAAUACUCGUUCAAACAAUACUUCCAAGCCAAGCCAAUGGGUCGAUGCUCACACUGCUGAAGUGAACUGCCUAUCUUUCAAUCCUUAUAGUGGGUUCAUUCUUGCCACAGGAUUAGCUGACAAGACUGUUGCCUUGUGGGAUCUGAGAAAUCUGAAACUCAAGUUGCAUUCCUUUGAAUCACAUAAGGAUGAAAUAUUCCAAGUUCAGUGGUCACCUCACAAUGAGACUAUUUUGGCUUCUAGUGGUACUGAUUGUAGGCUGAAUGUCUGGGAUUUAAGUAAAGCUGGAGAAGAACAGUCCCCAGAAGAUGCAGAAGAUGGCCCGCCAGAGUUGUUGUUUAUUCAUGGUGGUCACCCAGCCAAGAUAUCUGACUUCUCCUGGAAUCCCAAUGAACCUUGGGUGAUUUGUUCUGUAUCAGAAGACAAUAUCAUGCAAGUGUGGCAGAUGGCAGAGAACAUUUAUAAUGAUAAAGACCCUGAAGGAAGUGUGGAUCCAGAAGGACAAGGAUUCUAGACAUGUCUGCACUUGUGGUUUAGACUCCCCUUGUUUUCCUCUG